UUAUGGACCAGUGUUACCUCUUGCUGGCUCAAGAACACAAAGCUAAAUGGGUCUUCAAUAUGAGAGCGUCACGUAAUUUACUUUGGCGGAAUCUUCAGAGGGUCAAAAAGUAUCUCUGCCCAACGUCCUCAAUGAAGACCUGGAUCAAGAAAAAAACCAAAGAUCAUGAACAAGGAAGAGAAGUUGAUGUAUCUGACCCUUGUAUCCGGGUGGUUACACCGAUGUUCCUGUAUAAUAUGAACUUCAAAAAAUUAGGAAAAUGCAUGAUUAUCAAUAACAAGAACUUUGAUGCAAAAACAGGAAUGAAUGUUCGGAAUGGCACAGACACUGAUGCUGGUAACCUGCAGAAGUGUUUUCAUUCCUUGGGUUUCAACGUUUCUGUUUACAAUGAUCAAACUUGUAGGCAGAUGGAGAACAUACUGAAACGUGCUGCUCAGGAAAACCACAGUGACCAUGCAUGUUUUGCAUGUAUCCUUUUAAGCCAUGGGGAUGAAGGCUUGAUCUACGGCACGGAUGGACCAAUGCCCAUAAAGACUCUUACCUCCCUCUUCCGAGGAGAUAUGUGCAAGAGUCUUGUGGGGAAACCCAAACUCUUUUUCAUUCAGUCUCAGCUUUGA